AUGGGAAAACACUCCCAGUAUGGUGUCAUCUUGGACGCUGGUUCCUCGGGAACCCGUCUCUACGUCUACAAGUGGAAGAAUCCCGCCCGGAACCAGAGCAAAACCGAUAGCGAGGAUCUGCACCGACUACCGAAGCUGAAGCUCAAGACGAGCAAGAAGAUUCAUCCCGGCGUCUCGACCUUUUCACAAACUGUCGCUUCUGUGGGCAACGACCAUCUCCAGGAGCUUGUCGAUGUUGCCCUCGCCGAGAUACCCAAGGAGAAAAUCCCCGAGACCCCCAUCUUCCUCUUGGCUACCGCUGGCGUCCGCUUCCUCCCCAAGCCCGAGCAGACGGCUCUGCUGGAGGGCAUCUGCACCUGGCUCAAGUCGAACACUCAGUUUGAGCUUCCAGACUGUGGUUCCCAUAUCAAGGUGAUUUCCGGUGAAACUGAAGGACUCUAUGGGUGGAUUGCAGCCAAUUACCUGCUGGGAGGAUUUGACCAUCCAGAAGGUGAAGACCAAAAGCCCGGACAGAACCACCACCACACAUACGGCUUCCUGGAUAUGGGAGGCGCGUCAGCUCAGAUUGCAUUUGCCCCUAACUCUACCGAAGCGGAGAAACACGCCAAUGAUCUCAAGUUAGUACGAAUGAGGCAUCUUGACGGCACACCCGCGGAGUACAGGGUUUUCACAACAACUUGGCUGGGCUUCGGCGCAAACAAGGCCAGGGAUCGGUACAUCGAGAGUCUCAAGGAGGAAUUCGACCAAAAUGUCAACGAACUACCCGACCCCUGCUUACCUCGUGGACUACGAACAACAUUGGAAGGCGAGCUUCUCGCUGGCGAUGCCGGGCAGGACGGGAAAUCAUUGAUCGGCACUGGUGACUUCAGUGAAUGUCUUCGCAAAACGCAUCCUCUGCUGGGCAAGGAUGCUCCUUGCAACGACGAUCCUUGUCUCCUGAACGGUCAGCACGUCCCUGCGAUCGAUUUCGAUACGAACCACUUUGUUGGAGUCUCUGAGUACUGGCACACUACUCACGGUGUUUUUGGUGACAAGAAGGACACCUUUGAUCUGGAGACGUAUCAGAAGAGUGUCAAGGAUUACUGCACGAGGGAGUGGGCUUCCAUCGAGCAUGACCUUGAAGGCCGGUCGGCAUCCCCCAAUAGAAAAGCGGUGGACGCACGACAGGCGUGUUUUAAAGCAUCUUGGCUCAUCAAUAUGCUCUACGAGGGUAUUGGAAUUCCACGCAUUGGGCUUGAGUCCGGCCAUGGCUCGAAUCACACACACUCGGUAGAUCACGAUCAGGAGGGUGCUUUCCGUCCUGUGAACAAGAUUGAUGAUGUUGAGUUGAGCUGGACGCUGGGCAAAAUGGUUCUUUAUGCAUCGGGUCAAGUUCCAGCUGAGGGAACUCCUCUCCCAGUGGGAAUUGGCUCCAAUGUUGAAUCUGGCACCCCGGUUGAUUUUGAAGAGGCCGGCUCCGUCCCUCUUCUCCCCGCGGUUGAUGGUCAUGAGGAUGAUGACGACAACCUGCGGGCCCCCUCGAACCACUGGUCUGGCUUGGCUGCUGUUAUCUUCCUGUUAAUCCUCGCCGGGUUGUUAUUGAGAAAGCCCGAGAGGAGACGCAAGCUGAUGAACAUUGCCCGUCGUCGUCGAUCAAGCUCCAGUCGCAGGCCUGUUAGGACCUUCCCAGGCAUGUCGUUGGCCAACAAACUCUUGGGAAGGCAUCCCCACGCCUACGAAAGGGUCAUGGAAGAAGGCGAUGUCCCCGAAUUCGAGCUCGGUGGUGGAGAUUCUGACGACGACGACUCUUCCGAGACCAGUGAGGGCAACCGAGCUGGAGUGGCAUCUGGACUGACAACUCCAAGGUUGACUGCCUUCCACGACGACCUUCGACCCCCUUCCGCCUUUGACAGACAAGGACUCUCUGUCCGGACAGACAGUCGGGAGCGAAUCGCGAAUGUUGGCCGACGCAGCAGGGCUGCCAGCCCCCAGAGACAGAAGAGCUCCAUCAUGUCACCAAUCGAGCAGGAAUUAUAA